AUGAUUUCAGUGAGAAACCGACAUGCUGAUUGUAUACAAUUGCAGGAACCAGGUGAGUCUGUUCCGAUUUCGGUUGUUAAUUCCAAUACUAAUGAGCACAUUCUAGAUAAUACGGAGUUUUCAUCCAACACACUGUCCGACAGACACAGGAUGAACUUAAGAAGACGUACAAUCGAUUACAGACAAUUAGACUCUAAUUUAAUCUGUGGCGGAUGUGGU